AUGAACACCGCUCCGCUGAUAUCUCGCCGCUUUGUGGUCGGAAUGGGCCCGCGGCUGACAGCUCCUGUACGAUACUCCUCCACAGCGAUGAAGCCUAGAGAGCGAACAUUCAUGCGGGCUGUCUUCACCACUGGAACAGUUGUUACUGCUACUGGCGUGCUAUACGCAGCAACUAGAUCGGGUGGCAGAGUGGGCACUCGAUAUGCCAAGAAGAACUCCAGUCUCGACAGCUCCAAAUGGUUCUUGGAAGGGGCUGAUGUCAAUAAAUGGUUGGUUGGAAAAGCUAGAUGA